AUGAAACCUGAAGGAAUCCCUUUAAAGUUGAUUAAUGAUGUAGCUACAAGGCGGAACUCUACAUUCUAUAUGUUUGAGAGACUAGUAACAUUAUCGGAACCUUUGGCUGCAACAGUUGGUCUUUUGGUCAACCCUAUUAAUCUUUCAACGCAAAAAGAAGAAUGGACCAUAUUAAAAGAACUUUGCCAAAUUUUAAAGCCAUUUGAAGCAAUUAUUGUUGAGAUGAGCGCAGAGAAACAAGUAACCCUCUCUAAAGUAAUACUAAUUAUAAAAGGAUUACUGUCAUCUUUAGAACGAACUAAAGGUAAAGUACUUAGUCAAGUAGGAAAAACUGUUAUGAAUUCUUUGCUUGCCUCUAUAAUAUCCCGAUUUGGAAAUCCUGAAAAUAAUCUUAUAAUGGGCAAAGCCUCUUUCUUGAAUCCGAGGUUUAAAACAAAAGCAUUCAGCAAUGAAGACAAUUUAAAAAGAGUGAAAAAUAAAAUUCAGGAUGAACUAGUUGUUCUUAUAAAAAGAGAAACUGAACAUCAACCUACUGGUACUGAAAAUGAAACCGCUUCUGGAAUAAAUGAAAAUACUACAGACCCAUCGGACAAUACAGAAAAUUAUGAUAUGAUCUGGCAGGAUUUUGAUAAAUGUGUAAAAAGUUCUUUGCAUGUGAAAGCCCAACUGCAGUCGCCAUUACUGAGAUCAAAAUGUUUUCAGAAGAACCGAAUCUGGAAAGAAAAAAGGAUCCGCUGGUUAUCUCAAUUAGCAAAAAAGUAUUUUUGCAUUGUAAUAACGAUUUAUAAAAAUUUGCAUUAA